AAGAAUUACCAUUUCCCCUCUCUGAUGUGUCUAAGGCAGGACCUGUGCACCUCCAUACAUUACAUUCUCUCAUACCUGUAGCUCGGGUCCACGGGGACACAGAACAAGUUGUUGCCGUUGUACAAGAAUGUUUGAGCCCAGGACAGCUGCCAAUGUUUCUAUGUACCCGAAUGUCGGGUCGGAGCUGGACGCCAGUGCCAAGAUCGAUACUCAGACAUUAGUAGAACAAGCAGAAUCCCGACUAUCCAAUGGGCGUCGGAGCCGAGUGUCAUCAUGUGACCCAUCCAAUAGGAUAAUUGACGUGGACCUGGGCUCUCCGACACGUUACCCCAGAGGCCUGGUCAGGUCUGCCCAGCCGGUCCGGACAUCCAUCGUUGACCACGUGCCCAGCAGCUCCAGAAGGCGGGGAGGGUUUGACGCCCUCACUCGUGUAUCGGUGCCCGUGCCGCACCUGUUUGAUGAAAGGACUGACGACAGGAAAUUUUCCCGAGUUGACAUCAGCCAGUGGGAAGACCAGGUUACAAAGGUGGUACCGAGACGUCCCGUAUUUGCCGUGACAUCCGACUCCGGACCUGCCAACCUAUACGACUGGGAAAUCAACGACGACUUCAUCACCGACACCAAAUGUCACUUCUACCACAGUCACAAGUAUCAACGUGAUCGCAACUUCGUCAUCCACCCGGAGUGGGUAUCGGAGAGUGUGUCUCUGAAAGGUGGGCCUAAGGCCUACAGGACGUGUCCAAUCAGAUACGGCUGGUGCUCCUGAGGACGAGAUCAUCUGCAGCAUUACGCUAAGGAACACGAAUACCGAGUUCAUACAACCCUUUUUUCAACCCAUCUUCCUGAGGCAGGGGCGUUAACUGACGGUAAAAGUCCAGUUUGAAACUGGAUUUAAAGUCAGUUAACACCCUUGCAGAAGACCACGUUCGUGAAGGCGAGCUCCCGUGGUUGAUCGCAACAUGGUGGACCCUCGUCCAAACAAGUUGUUGUGUUGAUUGUGCAGCUUUACUGUACUUUGCCGAAUGUGACGGGUCAACAGACGUUACAGAACUGUGUUAUUCACCACAAGGGUGUCAAAUGGUAGUGGUUACCUUUGGAGGUAACCCCUAGCUGCCAAUUACGCCUAUUUUGAAAAUCAGCUUCUUGUCCCUGGCACCAUAAAAGGGCAACAACCUUUGAUCCUUAAAAUAAACAUGUGUUAUUAU